AUGCAGAUAUGUCAAGGUUUAGCUCCCACCCUCACAGGCUCGUUCGCGGACCAAGCUGGCCGCCGCCCGGCCUAUAUCAUCUGCUUUCUGAUCUAUAUAACAAGCAACAUCGCCCUAGCCCUACAGCAUAGUUAUCCCAUGCUUCUGGUCCUCCGCGCGAUCCAGAGUAGUGGUAGCAGUGGCACUGUGGCCUUGGCAUCGGCCGUCGCUGCCGAUAUCAUCACCUCCGCUGAACGGGGAACAUACAUGAGCAUUACCUCCCUAGGGAAUAUCCUUGCACCAGCACUAGGCCCUCUCAUAGGUGGUGUCUUGAGCGAGUAUCUAGGAUGGCAAUCAAUAUUCUGGUUCCUAGCAAUCUCAUCCACCGUCUUCUUCAUCCCUCUCGUGCUCUUCUUUCCAGAAACAUGUCGGACCAUUGUCGGUGACGGCUCAAUCCCGGGGUCAAGAUGGAACAAAUCCAUCCUCAAUUGGUGGAUCUCCAAACGUUCCUACGGAGGGCCUAUUGCUACUCCUACCAACCCAGAGCCGGUCCUCCAAGCACAACUACCAAAACGAAAGAUCAACCCCCUAUCUACGAUAUUCCUUCUUUUCCAUCUCCCAACUAGCCUCAUCCUCAUAUCGAACGGCCUUGUCUUUGCAAGCUACUACGCUAUAACAGCCGGUCUACCUUCCCAGCUCAGAUCCAUCUAUGGUCUAAGUGACCUGAAUAUCGGCUUAAGCUUUUUCCCAAUGGGCGCUGGUACCCUCCUAAGCGCAACAGUCAACGGGGUAAUCGUAGACAGGAAUUACCGGCGAAUGAUUGCGAAAGGCAGACAAGACAUGGACUACUUUGAUGUCGAGAAAGCUCGAUUGGGAGUUGGGGGGCCAAUAGCUCUCCUAGCCCCCCUCCCGAUUCUCCUCUACGCCCUCACGAUAUCAACAGCCAAGCCACCGCCCCUUACGCUAACCCUAGCACUCAUCUUUACUAUAUCCUUCACCCUAACAGCCACGUACAACAUCCUAAACAUCCUUCUUGUGGACCUCCACUACACAACACCAGCAACAAUAAUGGCAACAAAUAACCUCGUCCGAUGCUUCCUAGGCGCAGCAGCAACAGCCCUUGUCCACCCCUGUAUCCAGUACUGGGGCGCUAAGGCAACCACGGGCGGACUCAAUCCCGAAUUGACCUAUCUCCUUCUAUUCUUUGACUUGGACGUUGUUUACGACAUGGACGCAACAGUCGCAUUACACUGGUACCAGCCUGAUAUGGUUUGCGUUAUGCCACGCAGCAGCCAGAUGGAUAUAUCUAAGGAGAAUCGAAUUUUGGAGAGAGAAGACGGAUAUUCCAAUGGCGGGAUCCUGGUCAACCAGAGCACGGGAGCUGAAUACAUCGCUCCACGACCACCACCUUUCUCGCACCAUCGAUAUGUCCACCUCCUCUUCGUCCAAAAGACGGAUUUCCAGUUCCCAAAGUGCUAUUCCCAUAUCUUCCCGCCGACGGCAGAGGCGAGAGCGGGCUUCGAUGUGCACCAGUUCGUAGCCGCCGCUAGGCUUGGUGCGCCCGUGGCCGGGAACUAUUUCAUGGUGGAGUACGAUGGGCCCGUGAUGAAGCCGACGGCUACGGCUAGUCCGACGACGACGUGGCUACGGUCUAUGCUGUGCGAGGGUGCAAAUCCCACGGGUUCGGCCGGGACAAAGGCAUGUGAGAUGGGAGGGAAGCUGCAGGUUGUGAUGUAG